AUGUCUCAUCUUUUAGCAUGUGGAGAGAACCAACAUUACGACCCAUGUGGAACCUCGUGUCCUGCAAACUGCUCUAAUUUCCGUGAUCCCAUCAUUUGUACUGAAGACUGUAGGCCCGGCUGUUUCUGUAAUGAAGGAUACGUCUUUCACAUGGUACUUCCUAAUUUGUGCGUUGAAGAGAACCAAUGCCCUAUUGAAAGAGAAGGCGAAUAUUCUUGCGAUAAACCUCACAGAGAACUUAACAGGUGUGGCACCGCCUGUCCUAAAACCUGCGCGAACCGCAAUGAUUCCGUCCCUUGUAUCAAGCCGUGUGUUAUUGGCUGCUUCUGCGCCGAGGGCUACCUGUCCAACAGAAACGGCGACUGCGUUCUAGAAGCUGAAUGCGAUGAUGUGGGGGAUAUGAAUGAAUGCUCGCAUGACAAAAAUAAAGAUUUCCUCGUGACCCGUUUGAUAAACGAUGAGUUUGUGAUCAAAGCAUAUAUAAAGCACGGUCAACCCGAUCGCGUAGCAGGUCCGGAGCUGGACGAUCCUCGAGGUAUUUUGGAUUCUACGAUGUCUAAACCAACCAAGCGGGUGGCUCUGGCGCUGGGGAACUCUUGCGCUAAUGGCACAUACAGUGACUGUGGCUCACCGUGCGCUCCGCAAUGCGACUAUCAUCCUGCAAGGGCAUCUCGCAACGGUUUGGUGCUACGUCCGGUUCUCUGCCCGGCGGGGAAACAUGCGGUAACGGAACGUUCAGUGACUGUGCCUCAGCGUGUCCUGGCGGAUGCAGCAGUCAAUUGCGACGAACAACCGGCAAAUUUCGGGUUAAACCAGAGGUUCUCUGCAUGGACGUCUGUAGAGUUGGCUGCGUCUGUUCUUCUGGCUAUGUUCUUAAGGAUCCUUCGCGUUGCGUCUUACCACAAGAUUGCUAGAUGUCCUCCGCCUUUUAUAAUCAGAUCGGAAACCUCCGCCAGGAGGGUCAGUCUACGGGAUGGACGUCCAUCAGUGGAAGACAGACAUGGCCGACCAUCUCCAACGUUGACCCCUUUAACACCCUGCCUGACGUACUUGCUUGUGACGGGGCAAACAACCACCAACUCCCAGCAAACACCUGCACAAACCGUAGCCAACAACCAACAACCCCCUGGACAACCAAGUGCAUCAUACCAGGUAGUGACCGGACAAACAACUACUGCAACUGGACAAUCAACCACUUCGAAUUGUGGGGAAAACCAAGUGUACAAUGACUGUGGCAGCGCAUGUCCUCCAAACUGCACCAACUUUAACCCACCCCCUGUAUGCAAUAAGGCAUGCGCUCGGGGCUGCUUCUGCAAGGAAGGGUACUUAGAGGAUGAUACCAGAGCCUGCGUCCCGCAGCAAAUGUGUGAGUCCUGCACCGGUAACACGACAUUCUCCAACUGUGGAAGCAGCUGUCCUGAGCGUUGCGAUGCCCCCCCAAACCCUAACGAGCCGUGCAACCUGCAGUGUGUCAUAGGGUGUGUUUGUAAGACGGGGUUCGUGCAUGUUUCUGGAACCACAGGCCCCUGCGUGCUACGUAGCGAUUGCCCCAGGCAGUAUGUCAAGCAGUAAAGGAGGUGUUCCAAUGCUUCAUAUGGUAAAGAUAAGAUAUCAUUAAUGUCCGAUUUACGUACCUCGAAAAGAACGGAAUUCUCUGACCCCGAAGGUCUUCUAGUAUUAACUCUUUCAUUGAUCCUAUUGUCAUGACUCGCUUAUAGUGGCAAUGGAAUGGUUCUAAUAACGGUCUGUGUGAAAAGCCAUGUCUUAUGAGGAUAUUCUGCGAUAUUCUAUCUUUAGAGCCAUUAACUUGGCUUCUAAGAGAAGUUAUUCCCCACAUUCCAAAAACCGACUAUAAUCAACAACAACGCAACAGCAAUUAUACCCUGGAUGGAUAAUUCAAGCAAAAAAAGACCUUCUUUCCCAACAUCGCCCCUAAAAAAGAUGGCUCUGCAAAUGGCGCCAGCGGGUGGUGAUGCCGGAGCCCGGCUUGCUCAUGGACUGGUCACUUGUAUCACACAGAUGGACUUCUAACUUGAAAUGCCUCUGGGCAUCUGUUCUUUACUCUCAUCUUGACCUUCUUAUCCCAAUAUUGCCCGUAUGUAUCGCAAGACAAUAUAAAUCCUUCACACGUUGCAUGUGUUUUGUUGUUCGGAACUUAACUCUAAUAAAGCAUCGCUCUUUGUUAAUUCUUUUUGUAUCGCUGUCUCUGGAAACAUAGAAUCUGACAGCAUUUAGGAAUGAUUUGGUC